UUCGUGUAUACUGUAUAAUAAUAAUUAUGAAAUGUGGUUAUUGAUUUCAUGUCAAAAUUUCAGUUUGUUAUGUCUAGUUUCGCUUAGUGUAAAAUCUCAUAAUUAGGGCUCCCAUUAUUCACUCGAAUACUCAAAGAUGAUGAUAUAACAUUAUUUCUUUAGUUUUAUACACAGUUCAUACGAUUAUAUUAACGAAAUUCCUACAGGUUUCUUAGUAAUAGUUAUGGAUUUGAGUGACGAAGAUGAGUUUUACGACUCCGAUCAUAGCGAUACCGGUGAACAAAGCUUACAUUCCAUGUUAAAAAGGACACUCUACAACAAAGAUACAGAAUUUAAUGAAUAUGGCGGUGAACCCAUCGAAGGCGAAGAAGAGGCAUUGGACAACGUACAAGAAGAAAUACUGGGUAAAGUAGAUGACGGUACAACACAAGACGAUGAAGAGAUCUUGGGACCUGUAGACAAUAUCAAAGAAAGUUCUGAAAAAGAUGAAGCUAUCAUAUUAGACACCGCAAUUGAAAAAAAACUAGACGAAGCUGAAGAAGUUGUUUUAGAGCCAGAAGUUAUAAGUAAAUUAGACGAAAAAAAUUUUUUCGAUGAUAUUGAAAACGACGAUUUUGAACCAUUGAAGAAAAAACAAAAAGUCAGUCAUCAAGAUGGCGAAAAUAAAAAUCCUCAAACAGCCAUUGUCAUGCAUGUACCUCAAUUCAUUCGAUGUAAUAAGGGUGGCCAAUCGAUUCAAGUACAAAAUAUUGUUUGUGGAGCAAAUAUGGGCUGUCGUCUUGAUUUGGUCAGAAUAGUUAUGUGGACAAGCAACUCCGAAUACAAUCCCCAGCGUUUUAAUGGACUCAUAAUGCGGCUACGCACACCAAAUGUAACUAGUCUUUUGUUUCCAUCCGGCAAAAUGAUCAUGCAGGGUGCAAAAGAUGACCGAACGGGCAAUUUAGCGUGUCGGAAAGUAGCAAAAAUUCUAGAACGACUCGGACAUAACGUCAAGUUCUGCGAUUACACUGUUCAUAAUAUUGUCUGCACGUGGGAUGUGGGUUUUCCUAUCAUGCUGGAAGAACUCAACAAAGCACAUUCCCAAUUUACAAGUUUCGAACCAGAAGUAUUUCCAGCCCUUAUUUAUAGGAUGGUUAAACCACGAGCAGUAUUUUUAAUGUUUGUUAAUGGAAAAGUGGUACUCACAGGACUCAAAACAAAAGCUGAUAUCAAAGAAUCUGUAUUUUUAAUGCAGGAUGUAUUGAACAGCUUCAGAAAAACUUAAUUAAUUUUUAUUUUUUUUAUUAGCUUUUAUACUCUUAUUUAUUAAUUGUUGUCUUUUUUUGUAUGAUUGUUGAUGUAAAUAUUUUGUUUUUUAAGCAUAAGUUGUUUUUAUAAAAUUAAAAAAUGAUUUUGGUUCCUAACAUCUUACUUUAUUUUACUUGACUGUUAAUUUCUAAGUAGGUAGGUACUAUAUUAUUGAUUAUAUUAUAAUCUGUCCCAAAUAUGACUAGUGCGCAAUUAAGUUUGUUUUGUUAACAUAGGAGCCAACCAAGGUGAUGUGUGGCUCAUUAGCCAUAAAUCAUUUUAUUUGGGAUAGAAUAUGUAUAUGUUUUAAUUGAUAACUCAUUAUUAUUAUUUUAAAUGUUAAUAUUAAAAACAUUUACAAAGUAUCAUUAGUAUACAUAUUUGUAUAUUCAAUGAUCAAAAGAAAACUUUUGUGUUCUGCAUAAAAAUUACUUAAUAAUACUAGUUUA